AUGAACUGUAUCAAACUCAUAUCACUACUUCUUAUUCAACUAGUGGUCACUCAUCAGAUUCAAAUCCCAUUUGAUUUCAAUGGCCUAUUCUCUUCAAAAGAUGUUACUCGUCCCCAUUACACAUCAGUGGAUCCUCAAUACCAUCCAAUAGAUUUAUCACAAUAUAAUGAUAAACACGUAGUCAGAAUUGACUACUCCAAUGAUCCAGAUUUAGGAAAAUAUUUGAUAAGUCUGCCUCUCAGAGGAGAUGCAAAUGUUCACUUUGCAAAAUGGAGUCAUGCAAGUAACUUAAAGACAAUUGAUAUACAAAUUGACAAAGAAAGCUUGGCUAAAUUGCAUGAGAUGUUCCCUUCAAUGUCUUUUAAAGUAAUUGUUGGAGACUUAGCCCAAAAGAUAUUUGAAACAUACCCGCUGCAGGUUAAUCAAUUGAAUGAAGAUCCAGUGGUUGCUAAUGAAUUGUUUUUCAAAGAGUACCGAUCAUUAGAAACUAUUGAUGCAUGGUUGGACCUAUUACAAGCAACAUAUCCCGAUAUAAUCAGUGUUGAAGAGAUUGGGGAAACAUAUGAACAUCGUAAGUACAAGGUAGUUCAUUUCACUGUUCCUAGCUCGGAAGGUAAUGAUGAUCAUGGCGACAGGAGAACUGUUGUAGUGAGCGGCGGUAUCCAUGCACGUGAAUGGAUUUCAACUUCGUCUGUGUUGUACUCCAUAUAUGCAUUAAUUGAAUUCUAUAAAAAUGCUCCUGAUUCGGAUAUCUGGUCUAAAUUGGACUUUAUAUUUAUUCCUGUUUCUAACCCUGACGGGUAUGAAUACACUUGGACCACAGACAGAUUGUGGAGAAAGAAUCGUCAACCAACUAUUCAUCCCAAAUGCUUUGGAAUUGAUAUUGAUCAUUCUUACGAUUAUCAUUGGACAAGAUCAAGUGAUUGGGCAUGCGGUGAAGAAUACAGUGGUGAGGCACCCUUUGAAGCGUUUGAAUCCCAAAUUUGGACAGAAUAUUUGAAUAAUACCAAUGCCAACCACAAAAUAUGGGGUUAUAUUGACUUGCAUUCUUACUCACAGGAGAUCUUAUAUCCAUAUGCCUUUUCUUGUAAUGAGCAACCAAGAGAUGAAGAAAACUUGUUAGAGGUCGCGUGGGGUCUAGCAAAAGCUAUUCGCAUGCAAAGUGGAACACUGUACAAUGUAUUACCAGCCUGUAUUGAUCGUGACGCUGAUUUGAUGCCAGACUUGGGAUCUGGAACAGCAUUAGAUUAUAUGUACCAUCAUCGAGCAGACUAUGCGUUCCAGUUGAAAUUGAGAGAUACAGGUAACCAUGGUUUUUUGUUACCCGCAAAGUACAUUGAGCCUGUUGGUAGGGAAGUUGUCGCUGCUUUAAAGUAUUUGUGUAAUUUCUUAGUAGACGAACAACUGCAGUAA